AUGGGCAAUUGCUCUCCAAAUCGUGCAAAUAUUUGUAGUGAGGCAGCAACAGAUUCUCGACUUCCUGCUAUUGUUUCAACUGAGAACACAUUAGAAAUUUCUGUUAAUGCAACAGCUCAAAAAAGAAUAGCUGAUGAAAUUGAAAUAAUCGAGAAAAAAAUCAUAGAAUUAAGACAAAUUUGUGAAAUUACAAGUGAUAUAGAAAUUUUACGUGAAAU